AUGGACGACAUUCUUUUAGCAAGGCUUAGGCUCAUUAACGACAAACUCACAACGGACUUAGAAGUAAUUCCGGUUACUGUUAAUUUAGAAAAUUUAGCACAGGCUCAGAUUACCUACGGUAAAUUAGAAGCAUCACUGAAAAGACUUAACGGAGACCUGACGGAGUACUUUAGGCUGGCUUCGACACCCGCAUCUGAUGAAAUCUGCUUGAUAAGUGAACUUCAACUUCAAGCAGAAGAGACUUUAGCUGAACUUAAGGUGAAGAUCGACCAAAUAUCCACAUCAAGCAAACCAUCAGAGAAGCUGACUGAAGCGAACUCCUCGUGCAGACUUCCUAAGCUUCAGCUGCCGGUGUAUAAUGGGGAUGUACUGGCGUGGUAUGAAUUUUGGGAUGCCUUCAGAAGCAACAUCGAUGCAAGGAGCCUGCCGGAUGUGGACAAGCUUUCGUAUCUUAAGACUUCAGUCACGGAAGAUGCCAAAAGAGCCAUUGACGGUCUAGCGACUACUAGCACCAACUAUGCUAUUGCGGUUUCAAUACUGAAGGAAAGGUUCGGGAAAACUUCACAUCUCAUAGAUGCGCAUUAUGCCACAUUAUAUAAAAUUAAGAUGGCCAAAGGCAAUGCGGAUGAUUGCAGAAGGACUUUCAACGAGAUUGAAAGGAACCUUAAGAUUUUAUAA